AUGCAACAGGCAAAGGAAGACUACAGCAAAAUCUGGGGUGUUAUCAACAUCAGUGCAGUAAAUCAGAACGGUAGGUCCAUUACUCCGAUCACAAGACCGUCUCGGAUAGAGCAAGAGAAGUUACUGCGCAGCAUUUAUGAAAGUCGUGUGGAUCCCUCAGUUGUGCAGUACAUCGAAGCACACGGCACAGGAACUGCCGCUGGAGAUCCUACUGAAGCUGAAAGCCUAGGUAGUGUCGUUUGUAAAAACAGGUCUUCACAAGUUUCCACUCUGAAAAUAGGUUCAGUGAAAGGAAACAUUGGCCACACAGAAUCAGCUGCUGGAGCAGCAGGGUUAAUCAAAGUGCUUCUGAUGAUGCAUCAUGGAAAGAUUGUUCCCUCCUUGCAUUACUCCAAGGAGAUGAGCAGCAUCGAUACAGAGAGAUUAAAUCUUGCAAUUCCCACAAGCGUAGAGCCCUGGGAAGAAUCCAGGGAGUACGGAAGGGUCGCUGGCAUCAACUGCUUUGGAUUUGGAGGAACCAAUGCUCACGUUGUAGUCAGGCAGAUGAAGCAGGUAGAGUCUCUUCCGGCCUUUAAGAGGCCCCUUGAAUUAGUUCUUCUGUCGGCAGCAUCAAGUAAGUCCCUUCAGAUGACAAUGGCCGACACAGCCGACCAGCUGAGCACAAGAAAGUCUGUCACCCUCCCAAGCCUGGCCUAUACGUCCGCCUGCAGAAGAAGCCACGCCAGCUAUAGGUACCGAAAAGCCUUUGUCACAAAUUCUCUCCAGCACUUGCAGCAAGCGGUUACGUCAGCAGCGAGCACAGAACCUGCCCCGUGGAAGGUGGAACCACAGCUGGUGUUUGUGUUCUGUGGCAACGGCGUCACGCUGAAGGAGUUCAGUGAGGCCCUGCUGAGCUCAGAGCCCGUGUUCAGAGACAAGUGCAAGGAAAUAGAAGCGCUUUUUCAGAAGCACGCUCCCAUCAGCCUCCUGCCACCAAAAGGUCACAGCCCAAAGGAUCUGCUGAAUCCAGAGCUCUCCCAGCCCUUGCUUUUUACCCUGCAGGUUGCCACAGCUUCCCUUCUGAAAUACUGGGGCAUCAAACCAGUCUCUGCUGUUGGCCACUCGGUAGGGGAAAUUGCUGCUGCGCAUUUUGCUGGGUACCUUUCCCUGGCAGAUGCAGUCAAAGUGAUUUAUCACCGGAGCCGGCUGCAGGCAAAGCCUGCCGGAGGCAGAAUGUUGGUGGUUGGCAACAUCCCUGUUCAAGAGAUUGCUGACUGUCUGCCUCGCUACUCAGGAAAGGUGUGCAUCGCAGCCUUCAACAGCCCCGUCUCCUGCACCUUGUCUGGGAAUUCAGACUCUGUGGAUGCUGUCCAGAGAGAUUUAGCUCAAACCUUCAGCCAGAGAAACAUCUUUCUUCAUGUUUUAAAUGUCCCAGCUGCGUACCACAGCCCUAGCAUGGAUAUGAUACUUGGGGAGUUGGAAGAGAGCAUAAAACCUUUAGAAAAACAAAAAGGGGAAAUUGAAGUGAUUUCAACGCUGACUGGGGCGGCUGCUUCUGCAAAUGACUUUGCUGAGGGUAACUUCUGGGCCCGGCAUAUUCGUGAGCCUGUUGCUUUCAGUCAAGCCAUCCAA